CUCCACCCGCCCACACCUCACCCACGAUGGCCGCCCUCAAGGUUCUAUUGCUGACGGCGACGCUGGCGGUGUUAUCCUGUGUCCUGGCAGUGCCUCAGCUGAGAGACCCCCAAGCAAACGUGCCCCGCUACGAGUUCGGAUACGAGGUAAAUGCCCCGGAUUAUGGCAACGACUUCGCCCACGCUGAACGUCGGGACGGUUCGGACACAUCGGGGCAAUACCGUGUCCUCCUCCCUGAUGGCCGUAUGCAGAUCGUCUCCUACACCGUCAAUGGAGACUCAGGAUACGUGGCUCAAGUCUCCUACGAAUGAGCAGCCCCUCUCCCGGCAACAAACUCAAACGAAAAACAAACAAAUAACGAACUCAAAACAAUAAUCAAAUCUUCUGGCAUCUUGGUAAGAGAUGUAAUAAAACAGACACAAUAAAAAAUAAAUAAAAAAGAAUACGUAGAUGAAUAAUAUAAAUAUGCUUAGAGGCUUAGAGAAAUACUGACGAGGCGAGAAUUAUUGGUAUAAAAAAGACGUCCAAAAACAGUAUUAUCUAUGUAGAACUAAGCCUUAUAACUCAUUCCAAAGUCUUAUAACACUCCAAAGUUUUCUAACACACUACAAACCUUUUUAACUCACUACAAGUCUCGUAACUCACUACAAAGUCUUACAGCUCACUUUAAAGCCUUACAAUUCACUACAAAGUCUUACAGGUCACUUUAAAGCCUUACAACUCACUACAAAGUCUUACAGGUCACUUUAAAGCCUUACAACUCACUACAAAGCCUUACAACUCACUACAAAGUCUUACAACUCACUACAAAGUCUUACAUCUCACUUUAAAGCCUUACAACUCACUACAAAGUCUUACAGCUCACUUUAAAGCCUUACAACUCACUACAAAGUCUUAUAACAAUGUGCCUCACCUGGUAAUGUGUUCAGGCUUAUCAAUGACAUACUUCCACAGAUUUUUGUCCAUAUUGUAUUGUUGCUUCCUUCUGCUUGUUGCUAUUGUCACUCAAAUUAGUUAAAAUGACAGUUGUAGAAAUUACUUGAAAUGUAGAAGUUACAUGUAGUGAUUCUUUGCUACUUGAUAUGUAAAGGUUACUUGUAGAAAUUACUUUAAAUGUAGGAGUUAGUGGCGUGUGGUGUCAUAUCUCAGGAACUCUCGCAUGAAGACACAACCUGACGUAAGAAGUUCUCCUUCACCACCACUCCCUCCCUACCUUCACACAGGCCUCUUGAACGUGUCUGCAGGUCUAUAUUAUUCUCAAUCAUAUUCCUUGUAAUUAUUAAGUACGCAGAUGGAUUUUUUCCUUCAAAUUAAAAAAAAAAAAUGUAAGAUAUCUGGUUCUCGAUAGUUGAAUCACCUAAAUCUUAUCACCACCACCAACAACAACGCAUUAAAUAGCUUUAGACACCACUGUAGUUUCUAGUGUUUUCAGGAGCUUCAAGAAAUACUCCUCAAACAGAAGUAUAAUAAGAAUCUCCCCUCAUAAGUCUAGUCGCCAGUACCACGUAAAAAAAAUUGUGGAUGUAAUUUUACUAUAUUUUUUAGCUAAAUAUGUUUAGUUUUUCUUUGUUUUUCGGGAAAGGUUUGUUCGUGUAAUAUCUUAACAAAACUUAAAUAAUCGCAUUGUUUAUCUCUAUAUCAAGAUUUAUGUUUUAAGAUAUUUUAUAUCUUUAAAAAUAAAUAUAUAUAUAUAUUGUAAAGUAAUAUUUAAUAAUACUCUGCUUUCAUCUCCAUGUACUGUACUUUAGGUGUGUAUCUCAAUGUAAUAAUUAUCUUUUUAGAAAAUGUACUUUUUAAAGCUCUCUUCUGUUUGUAAAUGUUUCGAGACUUGUUUCACUUAGUGCCAUUCCACUUACCUUGAUCACUGUAUAGUAUUAACAUAACACGAAAUUUUUAUAAUGCUUGAAUCUGUAAAUCCUGAAAAUAUUUUUUAAUAAAAUAUUCUCUAAUAUAUA